GUGUGUGUGUGUGUGCGCGCGGGACAUAUUUGGCGCCGGCAGCGAGACGUCGACAACAACGCUGUAGUGGAUAAUGGCGGAACUGGUCAAGAACCCAAAGGUGAUGCGUCGAGCCACAAUGGAGGUGCGGCGAGCCUUCGAGGCCGGCGGCAAGGUGGUCGAGCAGCAGCUCGGCGAACUCGUCCCGUACCUGCACCUCGUCAUCCGGGAGACUCUACAGCUGCACACGCCGCCGCUGCUGCUCCCCCGGGAGUGCCGAGAGGAGCCGGCGUGCAGGGUGCUCGGCUACGACGUGCCCAAGGGCACGCAGGUGCUGGUCAACGCCUGGGCGCUGGGCCGCGACGAGCGGUACUGGCCUGAUAAGCCUGAGGAGUUCCGUCCGGAGCGCUUCGAGCCCGCCGGCGACGGUAAAGACGGCGCGGCGGUGGAGGUGGACUUCAAGGGCGUGGACUUCGAGUUCCUGCCGUUUGGUGCCGGGAGGAGGAUGUGCCCCGGAAUGGCGUUCGGGCUCGCCAACGUGGAGCUCGCGCUCGCCAGCUUGCUGCUACACUUCGACUGGGAAGCGCCCGGCCCCAACGGGUCGCUCGACAUGACCGAGGCGUUUGGCAUCACCGCACGGCGGAAGGCCGGCCUCCUGCUCCGCCCCAUCAUGCGCUUGCCUGUCCCGGACAACUUAACUAGUUGAGGCGGCCGCCAGUACGAUCCAGGAGGAGGCACGGCUGUGGGCUCGUGCCGGCGCAGCAGGGCUGGCUCUUACGGAUUGUGCAUGCCAUCACAGUCGCCGGACUUGGGGAGACAUCCUGUUGUCCGCGGAUGCCCUUUUUGAGCCGGCC